AAUAUAUAAUAUAAAUAUCUUAUAUAUACUCGACAACGAAAUGUAGCACAAGAUCUAUCUAAGGUAUAUAAAUAGCAGGUCAAGAAUGCGUUUGUCAUGUUGCUUCAGUCGUUGCUGAAGCAAUACUAAUACUGUAUCAGCGGGUUAUAGAACGCCAGUAUUGCGCUUACAUUGCGAUCAAUAUUGACAGAAGACUUUCGAAAAUAUUCGCAGCUAUGCUCAGCGUGGGAAAUUGCGUGACUCCCACAUAUGGUGCAAUUUGCAUAAUUCGAUCAAAUGAGCAAAUUGCCUUCUUUACAACAUUCUAGUAUUUCUUUAGAAAAAUAUAUAAUAAUAUAUAAUAGCGUGUAUAGGAACAGAGGGAAGUUUUUCAUAAACACUUUUGCAUUCAGAAACAUUUUAACGCUCGUGGAACGAUGACAUUUGCUAAGUCUUCUUUCUAUAAUAUUAAUCGAAUACUCUUAUUGGUACUGGGUAUUUGGCCAGAUCAGAAAAAUAAAUGUAUGUAUGUACAACGAUUAUUUGUUUGGGGAAUAUUUACAUCUUUUAUUAUAUGUCAGCUACUACUAUUUUUCACGGAGAAAUAUACUGUGAGUUUAUUUUUCAAUACGCUCUCACAAUCCCUACCGAUCGUGGUAUGUCUAUUGAAAUACAACGCAUUUUGCAGCAAUAAAAAAUCAGUAAAAUUACUUCUGGAGCAGAUCGAACAUGAUUGGAUUACGUUAGACGAUAGAGAGCUUGAAAUAAUGAAACAAUAUGCCAGCACUUCCAAAUUAUACGUGGUUACUUUUAUAUCAUUUGCCGUAGCAACUAUAUGCAUCUAUGCGUUUCUACAGCUUUUACCUGCCAUCUUGGAUUUCAUAAUUCCCCUGAAUAUAUCUCGACCACGAUACCUUUACGUACGCUUUGAAUUCUCCAUUGAUGAAGAAAAACAUUUUUACGCAAUUACAUUUUACACGGUUGUGUCAUUGUUUGUUGCAUCAGCCACCGUAAUCUCUAUAGGUACUUCGAUACUUACAUUCGGAAAUCACUCAUGCGCGAUGCUCAAAAUCGCAUGCUAUCGAAUGGAACAUGCGAUGGAUAAAUACAAGCGUUUGCACUUUGUGAAACGGAAUGAAAUGCAAAACGAAAUGGUUAGAGCUGUUGAUAUCCAUCGAAAAGCUAUGGAGUAUACUAAUAUUUUAAUAUCAACUUUGAUGCUACUUUUCUUUGGUUUACUUGUAACUGGCGUAAUUUCUCUGACUCUCAAUAUAUUUCACCUUUUCUACGCAUUCUUUGAUAUAAAUAGUAUGGAAGAAAUAUUAAUAAGUACUUUCCUAAUCUGUGCGCACUUCUUAUACAUGUUUUGGGCGAAUUACGCAUUUCAGCAAAUUGCAGAUCACUUUCAUGAAAUAUUCAUAGCAGCAUAUGCAAUUCCUUGGUACGUAGCUCCUGUACGAAUUCAAAAAUUUAUAAUAUUUUUGUUACAACGGGGUACAAAGAAUUAUACAAUGCAAAUUGGUGGUGUAUUUACUGGAUCAUUAGAGGGUUUCGCUACGGUAAUUAAUACAUCAAACCAAUUUAAACAGUGCAGUGAUUUUCUUUUGCCAAGUGUUUCUUUCACCAAGCGAUAUUUAUAUUUUAGCUGUUAAGUACGUCUUUAUCGUACUUCACCGUGAUUUAUACUACGCGAUAAUAUUGCAAUCACAUUAUACUCAGGCAUAAGCUAAUAGUUGAUAAUAGAAGUUUAUGUAUAUGUAUAUAAAAUAUACAGCAUGGCUUGUCAUUAACGCGUCGACAGUGGAAAACAUUUUAGGUAUGAAAAGCAACAAGCAAUAGCACAUACUGCAGUUUAAUUUAUAAUAAUGAGUAAAAGUUUUUUAAAUAUUAAGUGUGCUUGAAUACAGCUCUGUUCAGUCUUGAAAAAUUAUUUAAUAAAUCUCUUUCUCCUUCUAAAUAAAUACAAAUGUGUUACAAAACUUAAUUUUGCGAUCUAUUUUAAAUUAAAGCUUUGUUAGGAUAAAAUUAAAGACGAUUAUUGUUUACAGUUGAACACUCUUGUCUUCAUGUUUCGCUGCACCGUGCACACCGUAAUUUACUUUGCACCGUGAUAAAAGCAAGAAGUUUUAUAAUGUAAUAAAAUAUGGUCUAAAAACGACACUGCCGCAUAUAUCGUAUGUAAUGUUAAGAAGGGAUCGAUCAUAUAGAAUGCCUAUAUCAUAUAGAAAAAGGUUGGCUUUUCACGCUCGCAAGCGAAUAGAGUUUAUAUAUUGCAUGUCUUCUUUUUUUCUGAUAAGCUGCAGUUACAGUAGUGUAGGAAUUUGUUCUCAACGAAAUAUGAUUAACAAGAUUAUAAACUAAAAACGUAUUUUAAUAAUGUAAUAUUUUUUGCAAGAAUAACAAUAAGAACUAUCGUAUUUUAAUAUUUUUACGACAGGGAUUAUAGUUGGAUACUUCUUGUUGGUUUUAUAUAGAAAAAUCGUGAAUGAUAAAUAUAUACAAAUAUACUAAACAGGUUGUGUGAUAUCCGUAAAAACUUAUCUUCUCAAAAAAUAAGUACAAAAAAAGUGCCCGCGCUUGUGGCAUGGAUAAAACUUAAUAUUAUUAUAUUUGCUUUUAGUACCUGUAUAUGUAAAACAAAAUUCCUACAAAAGCUGCAGUAUCUGAAAAUAACGCCAACUACGAGAAAAGUAUAACAAAGAAAUUGUUAUGUUUUUACAAUUAAAUAUUUUUGUA